AGAAGGAGAAGAAGAAAAGAAGCAGAAGAGGAGGAGGAAGAGGAGGAGAGGAGGAGGAAGAAGAAGAAGAAAAAGCGCAACCUCAGGAAAGGCUCGAGAGAAGCGACCAAGAAGAGGAGGAGGAGGAGGAGAGGAAGAGGGAGCCAGGGGCAGGAGGGGUAAAAAAGUCGAUCGCCCCCCAGGAGCAUAAAACGUGCGCCAGAGGAGCCGAGGAGCCACAGGUGGAAGGAGGGAGGGAGGAAGGUCCGGCUGCGGAGGCGAAGCGGAGGAGCCCCCUUGGAGCCCUCCCCGCCGGGAGCCCCUGCCUGCCCCCCCCUGACCCCGAAGGACGCGGGGAGGCUGCCGCCCCGCCAGGAUUUCUCCCCGGAGAGGAUCUCGUCCGGCCAUCAAGAUUUUGUCCAAAGGGAGGCAGGAGGAUCGCCCGGCCGCCCUGAGCCGCUUGGUGGGCAGCAGGCGGCGGCUGAUCGCGGCGGGGGCGCUGGGGGUGGUCAUGGUCCUGCUGCUGGUCAUCCUGAUCCCGGUCCUGGUCAGCUCCGCCGGGCCCUCCUCCGCCCACUACGAGAUGCUGGGCACCUGCCGCAUGGUCUGCGACCCCUACGGAGGGGGCACCAAGGCCCCCAGCACCGCCUCCGCCGCCCCGCCGGACAGGGGCCUCAUGCAGUCCCUGCCCACCUUCAUCCAGGGGCCCAAGGGAGAGUCCGGGCGCCCGGGGAAGGCCGGCCCCAGAGGGCCCCCCGGGGAGCCGGGUCCUCCGGGCCCCGUGGGUCCUCCGGGGGAAAGGGGCGAGCCGGGCAGGCAAGGCUUGCCUGGUCCCCCGGGGGCUCCGGGCCUCAACGCCGCGGGGGCCAUCAGCGCCGCCACCUACAGCACCGUCCCCAAGAUCGCCUUCUACGCGGGGCUCAAGCGGCAGCACGAGGGCUACGAGGUGCUCCGCUUCGACGACGUGGUCACCAACCUGGGCAACCACUACGACCCCUCCUCCGGCAAGUUCACCUGCUCCAUCCCCGGCAUCUACUUCUUCACUUACCACGUCCUCAUGCGCGGCGGGGACGGCACCUCCAUGUGGGCAGACCUCUGCAAGAACAACCAGGUGCGAGCUAGUGCAAUAGCGCAGGAUGCAGAUCAAAAUUAUGAUUACGCCAGUAACAGUGUCGUUCUACAUUUGGAGCCAGGAGAUGAAGUCUACAUAAAAUUAGAUGGAGGAAAAGCACAUGGUGGAAACAACAAUAAAUACAGCACAUUUUCUGGAUUUAUAAUUUAUGCUGACUGAUAGAAUCAAAAACUAAAUCACAUUCUUCUAAGUGGUGGAUUCAUAUGGCAAAAAUCAAUGAAUCAAGAAUCCCAGAGGAUACUGGCCAUGGACAUCUCAAUAAUGGGGCCAAAUGCUACCUGCCUCACAUCUGUACAACCCAGAGUGUGUUUUAAAAAUAUAGAGCAAGUUAAGCAGAUGUGUGAUCUACUAUCACCAAAGCAAAAUACUCCCUGUUGUUAGUGUCCAUGUGAAGUUCUAUUUAAAUUACAACUUUUAUAGAGAAAAA